UUAUUGAAUAGGAUGCGUGACCCGCACGUUAGAACACACUGUAUAUUAUAUAACGCUUAUACAUAAACAUAAUAAUAAAUUUGGUAAUUCGUUAGAAACGACGUCAUCGGUGAAAACGUGUGAAAUAAACAAAAAUAAAACGGCAAUAAUAAUAAUAAUAAAAAUAAACGUUUGUCCUUUUUUACGACGCACAAAAGACAUAAUAGGUAUGUGCUAAAAUUUUAAUCAAUAUCCAAAAAAAAAAAGUCGUUCCGACUCUAAACAGCGCAGAAUGUUACCGAACGUUACCGCCGCCUCCGCCGUCAGAAAUGUUUGCAUCACAGCAGCCGGACGAGUGCUCGGUCACAUCUGCGGUUUCCGGAGACACGCGAGCAAUUAUUCGCAGAUGUUCCGGAAGCGGUUGAACGCCGAACAGGUAGGCCGGAAGUUCGAAGUGUCUGACGACGAGCUGAAACACGUGACGCGCCGCAUGUCAGACACCAUGGACUUGGGUUUACGGCGUUCAGGACGGCCCGCAGGCGGAUCGGUCUCGAUAAAGUGCUGGAACACACGAGUACCGUUCCCAACACCGUCCACGGCCAUCGAGCCGGUCGCCCGCCAGUUCCUGAGCGUGGAACUGAGCCACGGCCAUCGGUUUAGCACGCAAUUGACGACCCUGCUGGGCGCGAACGACGUGUCGAUCAAGUCGCGCGAACACCCACUGACGGCCAGUGCCCUGAUAACCGGCAGGGUGGCCGAUCUGUUCGACUGCGUGGCCGGUGCACUGGCCGAGUUCGCCCAAGAGUUUGGCGUGAGACAGGCCGGGCUGCCUGUUGCGUUCACCUUCGGGUUCCCAGUCGGCAGCACCGGGCCCCUGGGGGGGUCGGCCAACCUGCACCGGUGGACCAAGGAGUUUGACCUCGUGGACGGGGUGAGCCGAGACGUGGCGGCCGAAUGGAGGAUGGCCGCAGCCCGGGCCGACGUGUCCGUGGCCUCGGUGGCCGUGCUCAACGACGCGUGCGCGGCCAUGAUGCACAGCGUGGCCGAACAGCCUGACACGCGCGCCGCGGUCGUCGUGGACGACGGCUGCAAUUGUUGUUACGUGUCGGAAUUCGGCCGCACCGUCAUCAACACCGAAUGGGGUGCUUUCGGCGAGGACGGAGCCCUCGACCACUUGUUGACCGAAUACGACCGUCAGCUCGACGCCCGAUCCCGAAAUCCCGGCCAGCAAAUUUACGAGAAAAUGACUUCAGGCAUGUACAUGGCCGAGUUGGUACGCGAGAUGGUUCUGGCGAUGGCCUCCAACCGGGCGCUGUUCGAGGGCGUCACGACAAAAGCCAUGACCACCGAGUACGCGCUUAAAGCCAAACACCUGUGGCUGGUCGAGUCAGACGAACGGUUGUCGUACAGCCGCACCCGGACCGUGCUGACCGACGUGCUGGACGUGACCAACCCGUCCCACAUGGACUGCGAGCUCUUCCGGUACGCGUGCGGAUGCGUCACCACGCGGUCCGCGAACUUGGUCGCCGCCGGGCUGUCGUCCGUACUGAAGCGGACCGGACUGCCCGUCACGGUGGCCGUGUCCGGGUCCGCGUUCGAGACGCACUCGACGUACGCGCUCGCGGUUGGCCACAAGGCACGGCAGCUGACGCUCCAACAGAAACCGUUCACGUUGCGAACGGUCGAACCGAACGUUAAGAGCGCGUGGAUUUUUGCCAGCCUGUUGGCCACGAUCGCGGCCAAUCCGUCAUGA